AUGCGAUUUGUUUUCUGUGCUGUUGCUAUAUGUCAUAUUCUACGGGAUUUUUCCUUUAUUGAUUUUGGUUCGAUGAGAAAUUUUAUACGAAAUAGUCUCAAUUAUGACGGUGGAAUUGGACAAGGUCCAGGAGAUGAAAGUCAUGGUGGUUCAACGUUCUGUGCGAUUGCAUCACUUUCGCUGGCAAACUGCCUGUGGGAUGGUUCAGUAUUGUCAAGGCGAGAAAUUGACAGGCUUGUGAAAUGGGCGCUAUGGAAGCAGGAUGAAGGUUUCCAUGGAAGGGCUCAUAAACCAGACGACAGUUGUUAUGCAUUUUGGAUAGGAGCCACUUUAGAGAUUUUGAAUGCGAAUCAUCUAAUGGACAAAGACAAGCUGCGAUCGUUUCUUUUAAUCGCACAACAUCAAUACAUGGGCGGGUUUUGCAAGAUUCCAGAAGCCUCAGGAUUCCCUGAUCUACUACACACUUACUUCUCAAUAGCGGCAUUUUCCCUUUUACGAGAACCGGGUCUGGCACCGAUUAACGCAUCGUUGAAUGUUUCAAGACAUUUUUUUUUAUUAUUUUCAUUUUUUCCCCAGCAGUACUGGAUGAUACUUCUUCCUCCAGCCGAUCUCGAUCAAGAUGAGGCCAUUUUUCGUAUUCUCGCACAUCUGCGGACGUUUCAGCAGACAGCUGAUUCGCUUUUCGAUCGUAUUUCCUCACGGACGGAGGAGUUAAAUGCCACCUACAGAAGUCUGGAUACACGAUUGAAGCGCGUGCAACGGAAGGUCUCACACCUACGUCAAAUGAACACAUCGGGUGUACUUACGUGCCUUUCACAAUUUCCCACCUGUGAGUAUAGCCCUGCUCGAGAUCUGACUCCCGACACAGAUAAACCAGCAAAUGUUGUAUUCAAGCCAAAACAUCAACCACAGCGUGUCGUAGACAUGCGUCGGGAGUUGGACGAGCGAAAACGGUUCUACCUACCAAGCCAUUUGAUGAACAAAAAUCCGCAAGAACCUCGAAAGGAGAGACAGUUACCAUCAAAGAUAAUGUCCUUCGCCGAUAUGUUCUACUGUGACACCGAUGAACUGGCAUACGGAAAAAGGUCAUCAAAACGUAUUGGCUUUGUCAGUCAUGGAAAAAGUGAUACUACUUCGAGUGUCGAUGUCAACGUGGUCGAAGCUUCUGCGAUAGGUGGAGGUCGUACCCAGGAGAGAGACCCCUUGGAUUAUGUCCCCGAACUGGGCCCUAUCGAGGAUCUCGACCUUCCCGAUAUUUUGCCAGAUUUGCCAGGUAUUGCUGAAGAUCUGACACUCCUGGACUAUGGAAUUGUGCCACCCAUGUUCCCUGACAUUCCAGUUCUCAAUGAAGAGGUGCAGGCAGCUCCCGAGAUGGUUAUCGCAGCAAACACUGAAAUGCGCCAUUCAAGUAACGACUCGCCACAGUUGACGCUCUCUGCCGCAGAAAAGGAAGCUGCCACAGAUGGAUUGCCUGCAAUUGGUGAGGUGAAAGCAGCCACGAUCCCUUCACCUCCUCCGGCAGUACCUCCACCUCCACCACCUCCUCCACCGGCUAGUCUCGUGGUGAACACGGCUUCACCCUCGCCACCGGGCUUGCCAUCUGCUCCGCUCAGUAAUGACAGAUCGGAUCUGAUGGCCGCUAUCCGUGCUGCUGGAGGUGCAGGAAAAGCGAAACUGAAAAAAGUAAAUUCAUCACGGCGUGCUGCCAAGGAGAGCGAAUCACUUAGCUCAUCCGCUUUGGGGGAGAAUAAAUCGUCCGCUGGUGGCGAUCUUAUGGCUUCAUUAGCAAAGGCUCUAGAGGCUAGGAGAAAAGGAAUUUAUGGUUUCGCGCUAUAUAUAUCGUCUUACUGCUUGUUGAUCUUAUAUUUACUGUGGGCUAUCGUUCCUACACCGAUUUUGAAUCGUCUAGGUAUAACCUACGUCCCAGCUAAGUACUGGGUGAUCGCAAUUCCAUCGUUGAUUGUUCUAUCGAUAACUACUUUUGUGGUUGUUGUACUAAUUGUGAAUAUCUAUAGAUUUCGAGGAUAUCGUAUAUUUGAAGAGGUUGAGGUCAGGUUAAUGUUUGUUUAG